CUCACCACAUACGAGAAAUCUGCAUCAUCAUCGUCUUCUGCAUCGUCAUCGUCGUCUGCAUCAGUUUCGCGAGCCCACGGUGGUGAUGCCCACGAUCCUCCUCCGCUUCGUCCGACUCGCCGACCCUAAAUCCUCCUCUAACUUCUCGUUCGACGCGCCAUCUUGUUUGCAUCGUCGUCGGCAUCUGCUCGUCGCCGGGAUCGUAGUCCACGAUGUCAAGUACUAGAGAAAAAGGUUGUAUUAGCCAGAAAGAUGGAAAUAAAGGAAAAGGAAAGAGGCAAUUACUUGACACUGAAGCACCAUCGGAGAAAAAUUAUAGUGGUCGACUUGGAAAAAUAAUUAAUAGAACUCGAAAAGGUGUUACAAUGUCUGCGAGAGCUAGGGCUAUGAAAGCUAGAGAAGAAGUUUUAGCCCCUACUAGUAAAAAUGAUCGAGAGAAAACUCAUAUGGAGGACUUUACUAUCCCCAACUAUGUUGAUAAUGAUUCAAAUGAUAAUAUUUCUGAAAAAGAAGAUAUGUUGUUUAGUGAUAAUCUAUUUCAGAGAGAACGUGAGGAUGAUGAGGAUCGAGUUGAUGAUACUGAUGAUGUAGAGGGUGAUGACAUAGGGGAGGAGGAUGAGGAAGAACAAAACGUACACAAAAUUGAUGAUUGGCAGUUGAUUAGAGGGAUAGAUGGAGGACCUUCAAAUCCUGAUUUACUUACCGGUUUUCGCGCUCAUGUUGCACACUACAUAUGGAUUGGCCUGGAUCGAGGUUUGUUGACAUGCCACAAUCGAAGUGACCAGUUAUCUUCGUGGACUAUAGAACAAGAUGAUGUUAAACUUCUGCUUGCAAAAACACAAUUAAAACAUUUAUCAACUUGUAUGUUUGAGCACGUAAACUUGCCUCUGAUUUCAGCUUUCGUUGAGAGAUGGCAUCCUGAAACAAAUUCAUUUCACAUGCAUGUGGAGAAAUGACCAUCACUCUUCAUGAUGUAUCUUAUAUACUCAAUGUACCUGUAGUGGGUAACCCUCUAAUUACUGAGAAUACAGGAACUGCGGUAUCAUUGAUGAAAACCCACAUGGCAUCCCUCCUAUAUAUGUUUAUGGAUGAAAUAAAUAAAAAUUGGAAGAAAGGUACCAUAAAAUUCAAUGUUGUAAAAUCUAACAUAUCUAAUCAAAAUGUAAAUUCAAAACAUACUGCAAUAGGAUUUUUGUUAUGGUUGGUUGGUGCUGCAUUGUUUGUAGACAAGACUCAUAAUGCAGUGAAUGGACAUUUUUUUACCUUUUCUAAUGAAUUUAGAAGGGGUUAGUAGUUAUGCCUGGGGUGCUGCAACUUUAGCUUAUAUGUAUCAUCAGCUCGGAAAGGCUUCACGAUUUCAAACUAAGCAAAUAUGUGGUUGUUUGACAUUACUUCAGGUAAGAAAUAUAUGGUUAUUGAUUUAAUUUUAAUACAUUUGAACUAUAUAUUAUCUUAAAGUAUUUAAAUUUUAAUGAUGUGUGUAUUUGUUAUUUGAGUUAAUAGGCAUGGAUAUAUGAAUAUUUUCCAAGAUUUAGGCCAACGGAAAAUGGGAAUUGGGCGAAACAACCACCAUAUGCUGCAAGAUGGUACCUGGAAAGAUGAAAAAGACGAAUGAUGAUUUACUAAUUUACAGAGCUGCGUUAGAUUGCAUGACGGUGGAUGAGGUUACUUGGACCCCCUUUACAAGAGAUCCGAGCAAAGAUGUUCCAAUUUCGCGAUAUUGUGGAAUCAUUCACUGUCGGUCCAUUACUGAGCCAUACAUGCCUAUUCGAGUUUUAAGACAAUUUGGAUAUGUUCAAGUGAUACCUCCAUGUCCUUUUGUUCCUAAUAAAGUGUAUAAGGGAUCCAAUAUACAUAAAUAUAAUUGUGUACAUGAUCCGAUGAUUACAAAUUGGAGAACAUGGCAACAACAUUUGAUGCAACCUGGUAUUCUUGGGUCUUUUCAUGCUCGUUUUACCACAGAAGUUGCUGAUAAUUAUAUAAGUUGGUUUAAGGAUCGCACACAUCCUAAAGUACAACAUAUCACAGGGCCAAGUCCAAUGCAUCAACCUAUCCCAUUCAAUGAGAUGCCUGAUAGAGCGGUAUAAUAGUUUAUGUUAAAUUUGUGUAUUUAUUUAUGAUGACAUGAACUAAAUAGAGGCAAUAUAAUAUGUGUAUUUACGUCCCCGUUUUGAAAUGAUGACAACGCUUGCAAUACUUGGGUGCACGUGCAUAUCCACUUCAUCCAGAGAUACGCGAUAGGACUGAUAAAGAGACAUAUUAUCGAUGCCUCAACGAGUUGACUAUUGCUUUGGAAGAUUUAAUGCCUGAACUCGAAGACGAUCGUCGUCGAAGAGGAGUCAGUCAUGCAUAUGGUCAUGGUGAUAGUGUACAUGGUAAUUGAUAAUUGUAUUUUUAUUGUCUUAGUUUUAAAUAUUAG